UCACUAACCGCCAGCCUUUUCAACGAGCACACACAACACUGCCAGACAUGUCGGGGCUCCCUCGAUCUGCGCAGGUGCCUACAAAGCGCGCACCCGCGUCGGGUUCAAUGCGCCCCCCAAUCAUGCGCCCAACCUCACAUCUCGCCCGCGGGCGCUCCGCAACACCUGCGCACGACGGGAAACAAACACGGGCAGAGUCAGUUGCUUCCAUGCGGAGCGUGCGCUCGUCACCGUCCUCGAAUCUGAAGCGCAAGGAGCGCGACUUCGAAGGCACCGAUGAGGAAACAAACAUCAAUGUCGUCGUCCGGUGUCGAGGACGCAACGAUCGCGAAGUCAAAGAGAAUUCCGGCGUUGUAGUGUCUACGAGUGGAAUCAAGGGAAGCACUGUAGAUCUUUCCAUGGGCCCGAGUGCGCUCAGCAACAAGUCGUACCAGUUCGACAAGGUUUUCUCGCCUGCCGCCGAUCAGAACAUGGUUUUCGAUGAAGUUGUAGCGCCCAUACUAGACGAGGUGCUCGGUGGCUUCAACUGCACCAUUUUUGCGUACGGCCAGACCGGUACUGGCAAAACCUACACCAUGACGGGUGACAUCUCAAAUAUCCUUCCUCUCCCAGAUGCCGCCGGUAUCAUUCCACGCGUUCUCUACGCCCUCUUCAACAAACUCGAGUCAGAGGAAACGGAAAACUCGGUUAAAUGCUCUUUUAUCGAGCUGUACAACGAAGAGCUGCGCGAUUUGUUGUCGACAGACGAUGCUGUGAAGCUGAAGAUCUACGACGAUAACAGCAAGAAGGGACACAGCACCACUUUGGUCCAGGGCAUGGAAGAGUGUCACCUCAAGUCAGCCGCUCAAGGCAUCAAGCUUCUCUCUGACGGAACCAACAAGCGACAAGUUGCAGCGACCAAAUGCAAUGAUCUGAGUUCGCGUAGUCACACUGUCUUCACAAUUACCGUAUACAUGAAGCGAACUUCGGAAGAUGGUGUUGAAUAUUUGAGCGCCGGGAAACUCAACCUUGUUGACCUUGCUGGAAGCGAAAACAUCCAACGAAGUGGAGCAGAGAACAAGCGCGCAGCUGAGGCAGGUCUCAUCAAUAAGAGCUUGCUCACUCUUGGCCGCGUUAUCAACGCGCUGGUAGAACGCAGCUCACACAUCCCAUACCGAGAGUCCAAAUUAACCCGCUUGCUGCAAGACUCCUUAGGUGGUCGAACAAAGACCUGCAUCAUUGCGACUCUAUCACCCGCGAAGAGCAACCUCGAAGAAACGAUAUCGACCCUCGACUACGCAUUUCGCGCAAAGAAUAUCCGCAACAAGCCACAAAUCAACCAACUCAUGUCGAAGAAGACUUUGCUCAAAGAGUUUACCGCCGAGAUCGAGAAGCUAAAGAGCGAGCUGAUCGCAACCAGACAGCGGAACGGUGUCUACCUCACGCAGGAGAAUUAUGAAGAGAUGGCCACCAUCAGCGAGUCAAGGCGCAUCUUGAGCGAGGAACAACGUGACAAGAUCGAAACAAUGGAGGCGAACCUUCGCAACAAGGUGGAGGAGCUUUUCAGCCUGACAACGAAUUUUCAAACCCUCAAGAAGGACAAUGAGCAGAUCAGACUCAAUCUGGAAGGCACAAAGGGUCUACUUGACAAGACCGAGGCAGUCCUGACUAUGACACGAAAGAACCUCGCUGAGGAAACCGAGAUGCGGAAAGCUCAUGCUAAAACCGAAGGUGAACUUGCAGAGAUCGGCCAAGACAUGAUCUCUACACUAGGAAAGACGACGUCUGAUAUCGACGCUCUACGAUCCAAAAUUCGCCGGAAGUCGGAACUGCAGUCUCAGAACCGUCAGUACUGGGCAACGUCUCGGCACCAGGUGGUGGAUACGACACAGCUUGUCGAUACCCGCAUAGCGCAGUUCCGGAACCAACAGGAGCAGAUGAUGGAGUCUCUAUCGACCAGAAUGCAGGCUUUCGUGACCGAUGAGCUUGACAAGCUUGAUGUAUCACAAACCUUUCUAAAAGAGAAGAUGAAGGAUUUCGGGAUGUCCGAGCAAGAGGUGAACGAGCAAACCGCCAAAGCUCGUGAUGACAUGAACGAAGUGUUAGAAGAGAUCAAGACCUUGCGAGAAGAUGUAAAGCAGAAAGUCGGUGCCGGUCUCAACGAGCUGUCUGCGGCAGCCGAGAAGAUAUCUGCAAACAUUAUUCUGGAGUUGGAGAAGUUUCAGGCGGAGCUCCAUGCUUCCUAUCAAGCCCUAGGUAGAGAGUUUAAGAAUACUUUCGUCGAUCUGACCAAAUCCCUCAACGAGCAACAAGCUGAGAAUGAGCGACUACAUCACCAAGUCCUGAAAGCGAAUUCAGCCCUUGUGCAAGCCAACAAGGCGUCCCAAGGCCGUCUGCUUCAAGUCGUUGACGAGGAAAAGCAGAGAUCAGCAGAGGAGCGCCAGCAGCUGCUCGCCCAGGUCACUUCACUUAUCAAUGCCAGCGAGGACGCGAAGGACAAACGCUUGAACGAGAGAGUGAUUGGCGUAUGCGAAGAGAUUGGUACUGCAAACGCAUCUUUCGAAACCGAGCAGUCCGCAUAUUCCGAGGGAAUGGGUAUCUGGGUGGAAAGUUCCAAUGGCAUCCUUGCUGGAAUAUCAAGGUCGCAAGAUGCUGUCAAGACUAAGAUCAAGGGCGAUUUCUCGGCAGUGACCCAACAGUCCACUUCGAUCAAGAAUACGACCACUUCAGUACACAAGAGCACAGUGCAGAUUGUGGAGGCACAAAUGGCGCAGAUGGACACACAACUAAAUUCCUUGGACGACAUCAUGUCGCGUGUGCGCGAGCAAAAUGAUGCCCAUCACACUGCUCACACAAUUUCCCUCAGUGCAUUGUCAUCUACCGUCCAGUCGUCUUAUUCGAGCAUUGGGGAGCACCUUGCCACAUCCUUUGCUCGCGUACAAGCGCUGGAGUCUGACGUUGCAGCUCAAACAACCGCGCUCAAGGAGAUGUUGCCGGCUUUGGCAGAGGAUGCAAACAUACGUGCUCCUUUGCACGAGCUCCGAAAGACGAUCGAAGGUCAAAAUCUGCUCGAGUACAACCCCACCGGAGAAACGCCACAACGCGUCAACUACACCAUUCCAGACAAGCUGCCACGGACUGAAAAUUACGAAAGCCUAUUGUCACGUCUUCGCGAUCGCCCCGUUUCCGCAGAGGCUCGCAGUCCUACCAAAGCUUUGAUUUUCAACGAUACAGAGAACGAAACAAACGACGACAUCUUCAAUGCGGUCACCAAACCCAAUUUUGGUCGCUCUGUCAGCGCACAUUCUGGCACCGUACCCGUGGGGGCCUCUCUUCGCGAGCUUGAUGUUAAUGUCGUUGCGCACGAAAGCCACACGCAGCCCUUGCCCAUCGUAUCUCACUCUGACACCACGGUCAUGGCAGCUCCUCCGCUUAAGAAGCAACGCAGUGAAGACACAAAGUUGCCGAUGAAAAGGAUGACCAGGAAGACCGUUGGCGGCGAGGGCAAGGGUGACCGCGAGAACUUGACCAUCACGAACUUCAGCUCAAGUAUCGGGCCAGGGCUUGCCAAGGGGAGGGUGUUGAGGAGCCGCGGAAGCAAUUAGGUGGUCUGGCUCGAUGGUGUCUUCUGCAUAGCCAAAGGAGUUCGUGACUGGUUUUGAUUACUGGGCAUGGCGGAGUUUUGAUAGGCUUGGUAAAUGGGGCAUCUUGUGCGAAAGGGUGUGAAUAGGAAUGGGUGGCGUUCAAUGCUCAGUAUAUCUGACGUAGUAA